GCCUCUUCCGUGAUGCUGGUGCUCAUAUGACCACUGCACAGCUAUGCGAGUAGUAUCUGCAGCAACUUUCAUUCUCCUCAGCGUAACGAUAUGUUGUUCCUUGACAGAAAAUCCGCCAAAUGGUUCGUCUCCAAACAUUAUCAUCAUGCUCAUGGAUGACAUGGGCUGGGGGGAUCUGGGGGUGCUUGGUCAGCCCUCUAAAGAGACCCCCAAUCUGGAUGCCAUGGCAGCUCAGGGGAUGCUCUUAACAAACUUCUACACCGCCAAUCCUCUUUGUUCUCCAUCACGAGCUGCGCUUCUCACUGGGCGGCUGCCUGUCAGGAAUGGUUUCUACACCACUAACGCUCAUGCCAGGAAUGCUUACACGCCCCAGGAAAUAGUGGGAGGAAUCUCCAAGGACGAGAUUUUGUUGCCUGAAAUGCUAAAGAAAAAAGGUUAUGUCAGCAAGAUAGUUGGCAAGUGGCACCUGGGCCACAGGCCACAGUACCUGCCUCUGGAGCAUGGUUUCGAUGAAUGGUUCGGCUCCCCAAACUGCCACUUCGGCCCUUACAACGGCUCCGUCCGACCCAACAUCCCCGUCUACAACAACUCCGAGAUGAUUGGAAGAUACUUUGAGGACUUUAAGAUUGACCUGCGGACUGGGGAGUCGAACCUGACUCAGAUGUACUUGAUGGAGGGAAUCGACUUCAUACGACGACAGACUGAAGCCAAGAAGCCCUUCUUCCUCUACUGGGCUGCUGACGCCACUCACGCUCCAGUCUACGCCUCCAAAGGUUUCCUAGGGAAGAGCCAGCGGGGCCGUUACGGGGAUGCGGUCAUGGAGCUGGACCACAGCGCCGGGCAGAUCCUGUCGCUGCUGCGGCGUCUGGGCAUCGAGAAAAACACCUUCGUCUUCUUCACUUCAGACAACGGAGCGGCUCUAAUGUCGGGCCCGAGUCAAGGUGGCAGCAACGGGCCGUUCCUCUGUGGGAAGGAAACGACGUUUGAAGGGGGCAUGAGGGAGCCCGCCAUCGCCUGGUGGCCUGGACACAUCGAGGAAGGCACAGUGAGCCUCCAGCCCGCCAACGUCAUGGAUCUGUUCACCACCAGCCUGUCCCUGGCCGGCCUCAGCCCUCCAGAUGACCGAGCGCUGGACGGACUGGACCUGACGCCAGUGCUGCUGAACGGCUCCCACCAACUGGACAACAGACCCAUUUUCUUUUACCGGGGGAACGAGAUGAUGGCUGUGAGGCUCGGACCGUACAAAGCACACUACUGGACCUGGAGCAACUCGCGGGAGGAGCUCCAGCACGGCAUAAACUUCUGUCCGGGUCAAGAGGUUCCAGGUGUGACAACUCAUGACCAGAAAGAUCACACACUUCAACCAAUCAUUUUUCAUCUGGGGCGGGAUCCUGGAGAGAAGUACCCACUCAGUGUUUUAUCCAAGGAGUACCAGGAGGUUCUGCGCAGCAUCUCUGCGGUGGUGCAGCAGCAUCAGAAGACUCUGGUGCCCGGCAUGCCCCAGCUCAACAUGUGUGACCUGGCCGUGAUGAACUGGGCCCCUCCUGGCUGUGAAAAGUUGGGAAAGUGCCUGAAACCACCCAAGUCUGCGCCCUGGAAGUGUCUCUGGCCACACUGAAACAAACGCCCGAGCAAAACUCAGAGCCGAGGACACAAAACCUGCAGAUGUGCCUUACGACAUGUUAUGAUCAUGUUGUUUUUACUAAAGUUUAUUUUUAAUAUCCUUUAUAUUGCAGAAACUGAUAUGAGAUGAAAUCAAGGGAAAUGUGGUGCUUUAUAAACUAAACAUUAAAGGGAUGCUGAAAGGGAUGAUCUAUUUAUGCUGAAUGAGUCUAAAACAGAAACAGGCACCCUACAUCUUUCACUCUUUCUAUUUUGCACUGGGAAAAAAAUUGUUAUGAAGACGGGUUUUAUUAUGAUGUACCAUGACUGUUUGGAAAGCUAUGAAGUAAAGACACAAACAGCCAACGCAUGAAAGUUGUUUUUUAUUUUCUCUUUAAUGCUUUUCAUGGUUUGAUCAUCUCUUGCUUAGUCGAACUUUUUCAUCAUGGUACCUCAGCUAAAACCACCAGGUGCUGUAAGAUCCAAAUGUAAAAGUGGGCCUGAUUACACUUUUACAGAUGCUGCUUUUAACUGUUGUAACUAUUUACCUGUCCUCAUGAGGGCAGCUCAGAACUUCAGGGCAUUAUUAACUAGUCUCCUAAGGGAAUUUGAGUCAAGUAGGCCUUAAAACCCCCCGUUGUAAACCAUUAACCCUUGUUUUUAUGCUCUGGACUUGUUUCCUAUUUAUUCACAUUGACCUUAGUGUUCUAAGCAUUUACAUCUCUGGUUAUUUGGGAUAUUAUUUCAUUGCCUUAUGUUAAAAAGUACUGUACAACCUGUUUAUAAAGUGUUUUGUAAUCAA